AGAGAGAGAAAAUUGAGGAAACUCUAAAACCCCUAAAACCCCAGAGACCGCCACCUCUCCACCUUACUCUCUCCGGCAUCACCGUUUCAGGAGUAUGGUGUCCUUGAAUAUCAGAGACCUCUUGAUAGCAUUUAGUCCUUCAUUGGACUACUUAGCAAUCAGCUCGGGAGAUGGUCGAAUAAAGAUCUGGGAUACACUAAAGGGCCAGGUGCAAACUGAGUUUGCGGACAUAACAUCAAGUGAAGGAGAUUUUUAUGCUAAACCUGAAAGAGGACACCUUUCGGUUGAUUAUAAAUGCAUGAAGUGGUUGUCUUUGGAUAAGAAGAAGAAAAGGAAGCUAGGAAGUUCAUUGUUAGUGUUAGGAACGGGCAGUGGUGAUGUUUUGGCACUUGACGUGUCUGCUGGUCAGUUGAAGUGGAGUGUUAGCGAUUGCCAUCCUGGGGGUGUCAGUGCUGUUUCAUUUUCUACACGUGAUUCGUGCAUUUACACUUCAGGUGCUGAUGGAAUGAUUUGCAAAACUGAUCCACAUACAGGAAAUACUCUGGGGAAGUUUAGAGCUUCUACAAAGGCGAUAUCCUGCAUGUCUGUUUCAUCAGAUGGGAAGAUAUUAGCAACAGCAGCUGCACAGUUGAAGAUUUUCAAUUGCUCUGACCACAAAAAGAUGCACAAGUUCUCUGGUCAUCCUGGAGCUGUUCGCUCCAUUGUCUUUACUGAUGAUGGAAAAUACAUCCUCUCUUCUGCUGUUGGUGAAAGAUAUGUUGCAUUGUGGAGAAUAGAUGGUAGCAAACAGCAUUCAGCAAGCUGUGUUCUUGCAAUGGAGCACCCUGCUGUAUUCAUUGAUUGCAAGUGCUUUGAAAAUGAGGGAGUUGAUGAUGCAGGCCUGUAUGUUUUGGCCGUUUCAGAAACUGGUGUUUGUUACACGUGGUGUGGAAAAAAUGUUGAUGAAUUACGCAAUUCCAAACCCACUAAAGUCUCACUAUCUUAUGAUGAAUUUCCCAAAAAUCACAAGGGUGCAUUACCAACAGUACUGGCUGCAAAAUUUCAAGGCACUGCCAAACCUACAGCUGCAAAUGUGUUUAUUGCCUAUGGUUUGCUUGUAAAGCCUUCAUUCCAGAAAAUAUUAAUGCAUCCUGGGACAGACAUUAAGUUAAAUAGUUCUCAGGAUGGAGUUCUGCUUCCACUGAGUCAGUCUCUCAGCAACUCUAAGAAAGUCAGAGACUUACAAAAUCGAGUUACUGCACUAGACCGUGCCAAUGUGGAAGAUGCCUUGCUUCCUCUCCCAAAAGUUUAUGAUCUUCAUGAGAAGAAGAUGAGAAAUAUGAAUAUCGUUGACCAUGAUGAGGUCAUGGAAGAACCUGCUGAGAGCAAAGAUGUCAUGGUAGAGGUUGAUGCUGUAACAACUGGCAUGGAGAAGCAUUUGAGAUUAUUGAAUAUACUUGGUAGUAAAGAUGAUGGUAUAUUGACCCCCACUCUUGAUUCUGCAACACUUAAAGGUAUUAAACUUGAAGACAAUAUCCCGCUAAAGAAGAUGAGGGCAACAGUUUUGUCUAUGGAACCUAGCAAUGCUUACAAGUUACUGGAAGUCUUGGUGGCUAAGUGGCAAUCUAGCAGGUCAAAUAGUGGAAAGUGUGUUUUACCAUGGAUAUACUGUAUAUUGGUCAAUCAUGGUCAAUAUAUUGUGGCUCAAGAAAAACCGGAGUCCCAGAUGCUUAAUUCCUUAUUAAAGAUCACCAAAUCAAGGGCUGUGGCUGUUCAACCUUUGUUGCAAUUAGCAGGUCGUUUGCAGCUUGUAACAGCACAGAUUGACAAGGUUGCACUGAGCAAAAACCCUAUCUCAUUGCAUAAUGAUGAAAUGGACGAUAAUGAGGAUGAUGAUGAUGUCGACGAACAUCUUUAUGGGGAAGAAGAUGAUGAAUCCCAGUUAAGUAGUGAUGAUGACAGCUAGCUGCAAUCACCAUACCAGGUUUCCCAGUGAGAGUAGUGGCUUGUUACCCAGAGAGGCAUCUUCUGGCGUGGGCUUCUAUCAUUUUGGUUCAGUCUAGCCACAGCUUUUUUUGGUGCAUAUCCGAAACUGAUCUUCAACCUUUAUAGAGUACAGCAAUACUUGUUUCCUUCUGUACCUGCUUAUUCCUCUUAUCUUGUUUUCGCUCUAUGUUUUUGUUUAGAAAUGAUCAUGGUAAGCCUAGGUGUUACGUUUCUAAUUAACUUGUUUUAUUUUUUUUCUUCCAUUAGCAGCCCACAAGUUUUUUCAAAUGUAUUAUACUUGUUGUAACAUGUAAACAGGCAAUGACUGCUAGGCCCCCUUUCCUGAUACUAUUACAUAACCUGAAAGCCAAUUAGUUGAGGUUUCAUCUC